GCUGCUUAUUUCGAACGUUCAACUGACGGCGGCACUACAGUUUAAAAUUGCUCCAAACGCAUGCCCAAUCCAAUGUGGCUUUGAAAUAGAAGUUGUUAUUUCAAAGAGUGCGAUUGAUUGUGCAAAACAAUGCGAAAUGUCAGACAUGUGUAUGUCCUUCAUGUACAAUAUGUCGUCCAAUCAAUGUCGCCUUAAUUCAGCGAAAAUGACUGUAGUUCAAACAGGCUGCCAAGAUGGUUUGAAAUUCGGCCAAAUUUCAGAGCUUCCGUUCACCACAUCAACUCUAGACUCUACUGUCUGUGAGCCAUCAACACCGUCACAGGCUUAUAUUGGAGAAAAUUGCUCAUCUGAUCUUGAUUGCCUGGAUCCCUCUUCCCAAUGCAGAAAUAUGGAGUGCAUGUGCAUCAAUGCAUACGUGGCAGAUCACAAUGCAAAGAAAUGUGUUUUAAUCACAGAUUGCCCUUCGUAUGGUCAAUUAUUCGUACAAAUUAACGACUAUAACUACGCACCAGCUCCUGACAAUGACAUAGCAUUAAGUUCAGUAGAUGAAUGCAUGUCGGCUUGUGUGCUAGCCUCGUUCAUCUGUAAACUCGCCGUAUUUGAUAUAGUAGCUAGUAGAUGUCUCCUACACUCAGUUCUGCAAGCACCUUCAAUUGUGUCAUCGAACUACGCUACACAGUCAGGACUUGUUUUGCUGGAGAGAGAAUGUUCAAGUCCAGAAAUGUGGCCUCUGUGUUCCUAUGAUUCAGAUUGUUGGGUGCCUUAUUCCAACUGCUUUCACGGGGUUUGCAAGUGUUUACCAUUCUUCAGUUAUGAUCCCGCAAAGAGACGAUGCGUUCCAGAAUGCCACCUCUACUCCGAUAUCUACACUCGUUACUUUGACAUGGGAAUCACAAAUUACGUGAUACGACAACAGUUCAGUUCGAUAAGCGACGAACAUUGUAAACAAUCAUGUACCGAGGCAACGACUUUCGAAUGCAAGAAUGCAUUAUAUACGAACGUAGAAAACACAUGUUACAUGUCUGAAUAUUCAUUGUCGAAUCUACCCGAGAGUAGUCUGACGAAUGAACCAGGCAGUAUCAUCCUUCAACGCGAUUGUAAAUCAACGACCUCGACCAUUGAAAAUACGCUAUGCUUCAUCACAGGCUGUCCAGUACAAAAUAGCGAAUGUAGAGACGGCCGGUGCAAAUGUGUGAAAGGAUACAAAUACUCUGCGGGGGACAAUAUGUGUGUUGCAACAUGUCAACAAGGUCUAGGCGUUACGUUCCAGACGAUAAAAGGCAUGGCGAGCUACAAUAGUCCCGAUGAUACAUUUACGGCUGUAACAUCUGAACCGGCUAUAGAAUGUCAGAUUUUGUGUGCAAAGUAUAUCGAUUUUGUUUGCUAUUUUGUUAUUCUUAAUGAGACUACACACGUUUGCUGGCUAUAUAAAAAAGACUACCUUGAGAUACAGAAUGAGGCAAUUCCCAAGCCAUCAUACACAACGUUUAUCAGAGAUUGUAAAUAGGUGGGACACUGAGAUUAACUCGUUGUUUCAAUUAGGAUUCGUCAUAUGUUUUUACUUGUGUUUGUUUUCAUUCAGUAUCAUUACGUGUGUCCUAAGCAGGUUUUGCAAAAUUUAACAAUGGGGUCAACGAAACGUUAUAAGUAUCUAAUGUUGCUUGCGCAGAGACAUCUUUAUUUAAUUGCCAUUGUCCGUAUACUUGAUAAGCCUCUUGUUUUAAAUAUGCUUAAAUAAUGUUUAAAAUGGUAUCUUAGUUUGUUAAUUGAGAAUGGACAAUUGAUUCAAAAUUAAAUUCAAUACACAAACAGUGUGCCAUGUAUUUAUAUAUGUGUAUAGUAUUGGGCGUUUGAACGAAUGACUGUUAUUGUUAAUUUGUCGUGUAAAACAUGUUUGAUCCUGUGUUCUUUGGUAGUGAUUAUUCUUUUAACUUCAACAAUUAUUUAAUCUGUGUUGGCGUUUUUGUCAUAAAUAUUAUUCAAUUCAUUGCUAGUGCUUAUUCUUUCUUACACAAAUGUUUUUUUCUUUAUGAAAGACAAAACUAAAAUAAAAAUCAGUAUUUACCGACCGCAAAUAAACCGCUAGUUUUGGAGCGCAGUUCAUGAUGAUACAUCAAUUGUUAUUUGUUAUUAAACCUUUAUGAAAAUUACCAGGUUUAUUGCUUUAUUAAAGUGUUUCCCUCGCCAAGAGAAGAUUUUAAGC